GACCAAGCGACACGAUGGUUUCGCGAGAAGAGCAAAAAUCUAAAGCUCUUUCUGAGCUGAGCGUCUUGCGCUCCUAUAAAGCAGUAGUAGGAAUAUUAUUUAUCAAACUAAAGUGUGGUACAGUGGAGACAGACAGACAAUAAUAUGGGUUUUUAAUAAAAACACCGCUUUCAGUUUCAUUUCAACCGUCGACGUUUGGCCAUGCGGUAAUCAUUUCGCUCUUUGAAUCGCGCACGCGUACCCAGAUAUAAAAAAAUAUAUUUCCUAUAAUAAUUUUAUUUAUUAUUUUUUGAUUCGACUUCACACGCCUUCAAGAGUGGAUGUACCUUUCUUGAAAAUACUUCUUAUACCACAAGUUGUUCUUUCUUUCGUUCGUUAGUUUUUAUUUAAACCUUCAGAUUAAACUACCUACAAUGACAACUUAGAACCUGCCAGUUCUCAUACAAAGCAUUUAAAAAACGUACAAAAUCCUUAACAAAUUAUUUAAGUAAACAGAAAACGCACAAUCAAUAAAAAACGGAAAUAUAAAACAAAAUAAACAACAUGAUUCUGACAAGUUAUAGUUGUCUAACCGUUAAAUUAGCACUAUUCUCCUUCCUGAUACAUUGUGCAGGAAGCAGUGCGAGUGCAGAUUAUGGUUCGUCGGAGAAUGAACAACUUUACACAGGUGAUGCACCCGAUGACCAUGAAAUCUACGACCCAGCGCAACUUCAACAAGAAGUCGAGGACGAAGAGGGCAUAAUACACAACACAAAUUUUGACACAGGCCAUACGUCCUACUACGACUCUCAAGAGGACACAACAGACAUGAUGUUGGCCGAUGAGAGAGAUGAUCAAACUAUCAAAAUAUCCCGCACCACAAUGGUGCCAGAGUAUGUGCGGAGACAAAAGUCCUACGAACAACAUUCCUCCACAGAAGACUACGACAGUACGUCUGUUAGUGCAAGUGCAUCAGAGGAAACCGGACCAGACUCGAGCUACGUAGAUAUGAUGGGCCAAAUGGAAUUAACUCAAAGAAACGAAUCCGUUCCACUCGCCAUGAAAUCCAAUGUCCUCUAUUCGGACGAGAACGACUUGCAUGACAUCCAACAUCAGCAAUUGGACAAUUCAAAUAGCAGUGUGGAGGAGGAAUACUAUGAAGACGCACCACACGAAAGCAUCGAAGAAUUAUAUCCGUCCAGCCUGCUCGGCACCACAACAAUAAAUGCUCCCCCACUUAUAACAACAACUUCAUCGCCAAUGCCACAAAUAACACAAUCAACGACGCCGGUUGGCGGCAUUGCUGCCACCACCACGAAUCGGGCUAAACAGGGCAAACAGAUUCACAUAGCACGCAGAAAGCUUCUGCCGCACGAACAAUUACGCAACUAUAUAGAAGACGCUUACAUCAGAAUGCCAUUGGCGGUGAUUGUCGAUCCGUCGCCAGAGUCCCUCGAAAAGACGAAGGCACUUUGGCGGGAGGCGCUUAGAUCAAAUUUUGCCAUAAAGAUUGUCUUGGUCGCGCUCAAUGCUUCAGGAACACCAACAGCGUACAGUUUUAAUAAUACACGUCAAUUCCUAGCCGGAUUGAAUAGUAUCAAAGAGAGCGCUGGUGGAAAUGCAUUUAUUGGAGUUGUCCAUGCAUCUGAACUUGUGCCAUACGAUAGUGCUGUAUUCAUAUCGACCGCUUCGAUUCCAGCUCAUACGGAAUUGGUUCAAGACGCAGCGAUAACACUUCUCAAAAAACGAAUAAGGUUGUACUUGGUGUGGUAUGGAGAAAGAUUGGAAACUGAGAACGAGACUCAAGAAGCUGUGGGAGGGAUUUUGGGUGAAGUAGCUAUCAGAUCGGGUGGUGAGAUACUUCAUGUGGUUGGCAAUGAUACAUACCAAGAACUAGAAGGAAUCACACUAACAUUGAUUGCUGAUACUUAUUUGGGAUCACAAGAAAUCGAUAUACCAGUGGACACGACUUUAUCUAGUUUACAUGUUAAAAUCGAUUCAUUAAUGAGAACAGCAACAUUGGAAACUCCAAAUGGUGAUAUCAAUUUAAAGAAAUUGGUAAAAUUCAAAUCACGUCUUAUGGCCCAAAACGAUAAUCAACUUGAUUCGUUUGUACCACUGACCAAGGUAAUGAAGUCUACAACAUUCACACUAAAAUUGGUUCCGGAUCUUUUGGAUGCGGAAUAUAAUGUUUUUGUAAGAGCCGACCGGAAGCCCGAUGUUUUUCUUGAUGAUAUGAUUAGACGCCUUAACUAUGGCUACAUAAAUGGCUUACCCUAUACUCGUGGAGGACGUGAACACAUUAUAACAACUCACGACAGUCUACGGUUCCCUGAAGAAACCUCUGAUCUAGAUUCGGAGAUAUUUCCUAAGCUUUCAAUCAAUGAUACGAAAAAGAAUAAUAUAUUAAAUGCAAAACAAACAACAUUGGCUGGAAGCGUUUUGAAGCAAGGCGUAACUAAGAUCGAUAUGGGAAUUCAUUCGCAAAUUCUAGUAGCACCUGGAAUGUUGGCAAGUUUGUUCUUUGAGGUGACAAAUCUUCGAACUGAGCCAAUUUUCCAUAAUAUACAAGUUACCGAUGAACAAAGAUUCCUAAGAACACUCGAUCCUCAAAGUAUAUUUUUGCCGGCUGGACAAACUACCACUGUUACAGUGACAGUGCUUAUACCCAAUUCCACACCCCAGGGAACGAGAGAUACAAUCAAAUUCACCUGCCUUGGAUCGGGACAAGUAUUUCAAUCGGUUGAACUCAGAGUCAUAACCACCAUCGAUGCUGAGGAUACAACUCCUCCGAGUGUCACAUGGCAAUUUGGAAGCAGAUGUGACAAUGUCCGCACCGACACAGCGGCCUGUUUCGAAAAAUACUGGUCGCUCGACAUAGUUGCCCAGGAUUGGGAAACUGGACUUCUCCGCCUACAAUCCACACCCUCUGGAUUGAUUAAUCGCAAUUCUUUCACAGUCGGAACCAAUCAACCACUUCGAACAACCUACUCCGCCAAUUGCUGUCAGCCCAAAGUAACACUGAUUGCCUACGAUAUUGCAGGAAAUCAAAAGACUUACAACAUAGACGUUAGGGAUAUGGUUCUAUCGGAAGCAUCUAUUGCAGCAAUUGUUCUGGGAGCUUUGUUAUUGAUUCUAUUGAUAAUUUUAAUUGUCAUUCUAGUCAUGUGGUGUUUGAAACGAAGAAGAGCAUCACAUGAUUUGCAUUCCUACAGAUCGCAUUCACAAAUUCGAUAAAUUGGAACAGGAAAAUGGAAGAUAAAGACAAACCUCGUAUUUUUAUCAAGCCAUUGAAAUAAAGUAUUGAAUUAGAAUAAGGGUGAUGGGUUUAAAAAAAAAAAAAAAAACAAAGAAAAACCUUGC